AUGAUUUGGAUGCCAGCCGCCGUGCUGGCAGUACGGUAUCCGGCAGAUCAGCCGAAGCCGCUGGGAGUUGUGUCGAUAGUCUUCAUGCUCGUCGUAAUGGGCAUCAACCUGGCCGACAUCCUCAAGAAUGGCCCACGGAUCGCCACCCCGACUGGCCAACAAGGCGUCGGGGAAUACAGCGUCGAGGACUUCAAGCAGGCGGCUUUGAGCAACGCCACUGCACCUGCUGAAUAUGUUGCGCCGGUUUACGAUGACUCGGCCGCGCUGGACGAUGCAACAGCUGACAACAGUGACGACAGCGAUUCCAGCGAAUUUACAUACCAA